AUUGAGAUAUCCAGUAAUGAGUAUUAUCUUAAGGAGCAUGGUUAUGAGAGGGUCAUUUUGAGAAAUAACAUAAACCUAAAUGCUACCUUUGGAAAUUACCCUAAACAUAUUCAAAUUGGCUGGCUAAAUCUUAAAGAAAAUGAAGGUUUUCCACUGUACUGACUAAUCAAAAAGUCAACACGUUGAAGGUAUAGAGCAAGUAGCUGAUAGUUUACAAGGAGCCAACUGUUGAGAGGACUUGGGAUGGCGGGCGACGAGAGGAAUCUCAUUGAGAUUUUAGAAGAAAACCACCCUAUAGACUUCAACAAAUAUAUCACGUACGUUCAGUCGCCAGAAUGUGGAGCGAUAGCCACAUUUGCUGGCACAACUCGCAACAUGUUUGAGGGCAAAGAAGUCAUUGAGCUAAGGUACGAGGCAUACACUCCGAUGGUCAUACGUUGCAUUCAAUCCUCAUGCGCGUCUGCUCGAUCGACUUGGAAUCUCCACUCGAUUGCCCUGGCCCACAGACUGGGACCCGUGGCUGUUGGGGAGACGAGUGUGUUUGUGGCAACAUCGGCUGUUCAUAGGGACGAUGCUUUGGAUGCUUGUAAGUUUUUGAUUGAUGAGAUCAAAGCCUCAGUUCCCAUCUGGAAAAAAGAAGUGUAUACUAAUGGAGAGGUUUGGAAAGAAAACAGAGAGUUUCACGAGAGAAAUGCUGAGAAAUUGACACCAAAGGGGCACUGUUGUGGGGCAAAGGUGAGAAUUGAUUGAUGAUCUGUAAUUUCCUUUCUUUCUAUUGCCGGCAUGUGAAACAACUUUUAACACAGUUCAAAUAAAUUGAAGACUAAAAAAGGGAAUACCAUUUGUAUACACUUCCUUUUAAAGGUUAAUUUCAUUAAUUGAAUAUGUGGGAGUACAUGUCUAUAUAUACACAAGGGUUCCUAAUCCUAUACAAGGUAGAAGUUAAUAAUAGGAAACAAUAUAUUCCUAAUCCUAUACAAGGUAGGAGACAAUAAUAGGAAACAAUAUAUUUACAUUAAAUAUAGAAUAUAUUUAACAUGCUCCCGGCUACGUCGGAUGAGGAGGGGGUCUGAUACCCAGACUGGACUUAAACUCGAGGAAGAGUAGAGAAGGUAGUCCUUUGGUGAAGAUGUCAGCAUACUGUGAAGAGGAGGGCACGUGAAGGACUCGGAUAUGGCCGAGUGCUACUUUGUCUCGCACAAAGUGUAUGUCGACUUCAACGUGCUUAGUGCGCUGGUGCUGAACUGGGUU